UGCGGUAGAGCUUGUGAAUGGAACAAGUUUGCUCCUUGUUUUGUUUAGUGUGGCUUCGGCUAUAGUGCAUUGCGCUUUGUUCCUUUGUGUUGCUAUUUGCCAAAGCGAAUAAUAAAAAAAAGAAAUAGAACAGAAGCAAGCAUAAAAUAUCAUCGCUAACUCCUUAGCUUGCUUAGAAAUGUUAAACAACAGGUAACAAAAAUCAAUCAAUUCUAACACCUAAUGUUUAGGUCGACAGUUUGAAAGUGUGCACAUAAUAAAGAGAUAAACAAAACAGCGUCCCGGCGCCGUAUUGAAUGCGCCAGCCACCGGUGCAACAAUUUUUUUUGAAAACUGCACUGACCCUCCCAGAUAUUGCUCUGGUACAGCCUAGGUUGUCUGUCAACGCGGAUCCGGAACCGGAUCUCUCGGCGCAUUGCAUUCCGGUAUCCCAAUUGUAUGCAUUUCCAGUUUUGAACGAAGAGGAUUCGCGACGCGGACAUUCGCUCGAAUUGUGGCUCCCCCGCAUCAUCGAACAGCUUAAGCGCGAACCAGGUCACUUAUUAUAGAUUUUAGAACCGCUUUUUCCACUACUGCACUAGAAUAAAUGCGUGAAUGGGUUGACUCUGCAAUUAGUAUUUAGUAAAUCCCCGAAGAAAUGUACUGAGCCUGAGCCUGCCUCACCGGUGGUUUGGCAUGAGCGAGCAAAAGGAGGAGAAUUUCGAACAGGAAGUUAUUCGAUGCAAAGUGAAAAUAUAUAAGUUGUCAAAGAUGCAACGAUGCCCGUACAUUCACGAAAUGAAAGAGAGACUGUUGGGGGACCAACCGCCACCACCGGAAGAAUCGCCGAAGAAAAUUCCCGAGCCUCCGCCUUUAAUUAUGGACCAACUGCCGUACAAUAAUCAACCCGUAGCUACCGUGGUUAAGUUGAACUCCGAUGGUUACGGAUCGCACACUUCGCCCACCCAUCAAAGAAACGACAGGACCCCGCUGAUGCCGCGCCAAAACGAAGACAAUUUCCAUUAUGUAGUCACGUCCUUCUUUCCCAAAAACGCCAAGACGUCGCUGUUUAUAAUAAUGAGUUUCGUGUAUGCGAAGCUCUUGAUUGUCGUCUGCCUGGCUUACGUUAUCUCUGACGUUGUCACUCAUAACAUACCCCUUUGGUACUACGAAGGAUUUUUCACGUAUCUCUAUGGAAUGAGCAUCCUUUUCCUGCUCUACGUUUUCUGCUUCCUGCUGCAGGAGAGCUCCUGCUGCAACGGCGAGAAGAAAGAGCAAAUCAAGAAGGCUCCGAACGAGAAGGCCAUAAAGGAGAAGAACAAGAAGGAGGAGAAGGAGAAAAAGAAGCAGGAGAAAGAGAGGGAGAAAAACGAUAAGAAGAACGACAAGAAAGACGGUGACAAAAAGAAGAAUAAGAAUAAGGGAGAAAUCAAGAGCACAUAUCGCCGCAACUCUGAGGGGGUGGUAGAUGCCGGUUUGUCGGGUGUUCCGGUGCCCGUUGCGGAGAUUGGAGCUCAAUCUGAACCCCCUGUUGUCCUCCAGGAAAAUUCUACACCUAACGCGCAACUAUCGCAGCCACAGCAGGAUAUCGAAGCAGGAGUCGUCAAGGUGAUCAAGCGGAAGCGGAAAACCACCCAGAACGAGCAUACCCAUGGAAGUUUCUUCCUUCGCAUAGGAGCCAUAGCAUUCGGCUUGGGAACUAUGAUUUACAACGGGCUGGAAUUUGGAUCGUUCUUCGAGGUGCCGUUCACGUCACCAUGUUACAUGAUUUUAAGAGGCGUGAAUCCGGUCUUGCAGAUGGUUUUCACCUUCAUGCAAAUGUACUUCAUUUUCAUGAACUCUCGCCUGAACAUCCACAGGUUUAAGGUAAUAGCGAGAUUCGGUUUAAUGCACGUCGUAGCCACCAACAUUUGCGUUUGGAUUCGCACAGUAGUUCUUGAAUACUUGAAGGAAAUUACAGUUUAUCAUAAGAAAAAUGAUACAUCAUCCACGUUCCCAGAGAGUAUUCGUGCUCAUACUUUACGCAAUGCUAAUACCAUAAUGGGAUCGCACCUUGCUGUACCUGAUGCCCUUUUUACAACCACCACAGCUUCAACGACAACAACCAUGGAUUCACCAAUAAGCACUGCUCUUAAAAACAUUAUAACUACGGCCGCAACAACUGCAGCUACUACGUUGCAAACGUUCGUCACUACGACUGAACCAACAACAACCCGUUUACUAACUACAACAACUACUACUACUUCAACGACACCAGCACCGAUUUGGAGAUCAGAGAUCAAUGCAUCGCCUAACUAUUUCCAAUCCCAUCCAACUACUACAACUAAUUUACCUACUAUUACUACCACCAAGGCUUGGACUACAAUAAGCACUACAUUAGCUAGCACUCCAUUCGCUAAGUUGUUCAAUUUUGGAUACAAUAAUUUCCAAGCUAACGUACCCACCGUUGCAGAACCUGAGGUACUAUUGGAUGAGGUGAUCGACAAAAGUUUUAAUGGUUCUGAGUUAUUGGACAAUAUAUUUCCUCAAGCUCUCAGCGCUUAUGACAAUAAUUCUCUAUUGCAAGCGAGCUGCGGAAGAAUAAAUAUCAUGGGAACUAUCGUACAAGACUCUGCUCCAUACUUAUUUCCAUUUAUUAUUGAAUAUUCAUUGAUUGGUGCUGCUGUGAUUUAUGUCAUGUGGAAACAUAUCGGCCGCAAUCCCAAAUAUUAUACCGAAGAAGAUUUGGAACAUCGUUUGGAAUUGAUGUUAUCGCGUCGUGCUGUGGCAAUGGCGCAAGCACAAAAUGGAAAAGUAGAUUGCGUCGGAGCAUCUAAAGGACUUUUCUUUGGUUUGCUCUUGUUGGUUGGUUCACUUAUUUGCUUGAUACUCUUCUUCGUUCUGAUUCAACAUCCAGAUUUGGGUCUUUUGGCCAUCUAUUUAGCCGAUGUCUCGCAUUGCGCUUUGAUGGCUUUCAGCAUAAUCGCAAUCAUCGUCGGCUUUAUACGCGUCCAAUCCCUGAAAUUCAAAGUGGAAGAACAAAGCGAUCUUAACGAUAUCCUACUCCGCGUCUCCGCUUUCGGUUUAUUCAUCUAUGCUACAUUCAGCGUAAUUGCUGGAUCAUUGAAUGCUUUCACCAAGGAGCCAAACCUUUUAGUUAUGGUAACUGGAAUUCUCUCCGUCGUUCAAGUCGUGCUACAAUUGCUUUUCAUUGCCGACGUAUCGCGUCGCCGUGUUCAUCUACCUGAACACGAUCGCUCAAAACCAGGUCGCCAAGUGGUGACAUUUUUGCUCAUUUGCAACAUCACCAUGUGGAUCAUUUACACGUUCGAAGCGCAGAAGGUUGAAGCGAAUCCCAUCCAAUUGGAGUUCUAUGGUUUCUUGGCUUGGGCCAUAAUCCAGCGUCUCACAUUACCGCUGUGCAUUUUCCAUCGUUUCCAUUCGGCCGUGACACUUGCUGAAAUCUGGAAGACCAGCUACAAGGCGAGACUCGAAUAAGUCAAGUAGUCAUCAAUGGAAAGAAAAAUCUGAAAAUGCAAAAACAAACAAAAUACCACGAAAGAAAUUAUUAUGUAUGAGUGUUG